UACUCGACGCUAGUAUUUUAAUGCCUCUAGCGGCUAGCAUAUGCAGUCUAUCUGUAGUAUACCAGUUCCAAAGAAAUGAAUAUUCACAAAUCGUAAGUGGAUGCCGCUUAGCUACGGAUCAAGUUCGGUCUUUAGGUUAAUCGUGCAGCGUGCGGAACAUCUCUAAGAUGACCAUUUCUUCGUCCAAGCUAGAGGUUUCUAAUAAAUCGAGCGUGUGAGUUAUAUAUAGUUGUACAAAAAUGAAAAGUCUCAUGCAAGAGCAAAGGAAGCAGUUCCUUCUCUCCUGACCACUAGAUUUUGUUUGUUCUGCGUUGACACUCUCAACCAAUAGCUAUUUUUAAAUUUAAGAAUGGAUUGGAAAUAACCAACCAGACCCACAUUCUUUUCGGGGAACAUUCUCUUCUCAUCUCUGCACGACACGUGUUGAUGCAAGUAUAAGUCAUCGUUUUGAAUCUUGAGAAUUAUUGAGUUAUUACAGUUGAAUUCGGUAAGAAUAUAUUUAAUUUUAUACAGAAUAUAAAAAUAAUAAUAUAUCAAAUUUUACAAUUUGUUUUGCUUUGGGGAUUAGAGAGAAAUGAUUGUAAUUAUAGAAGCUGAGAAACUAAUUUUCUUAAUAGAAAGAAUCAUUUAUGGUGAUUCACUUCAUUGCUAUUUUAUGUCUAAAUAAGUUCAAAUAUGUUUCAUUGCGUUUGUGGUAUUAAUAAAACCAUUAACUAACUAAUUAUAUCAUUCAUAUAUCUGUGAUUAUACUUAAAAAGGCACGAGAUAAUACUAAAUUAAUUCGUCUGUUUUAUUCUGCAUUAAAUCGAUAUAUCGGGCUGUACGUAACGAUAUAUAUCGAAAUCCUACGAUUUGAAGAUAUUCAGGCUCAAUUGUGUAACACACGAAACUAAGGAAAAUUUUCAGUCAUGAACAAGUGUAUCAAAUUUCUCGGUGCGUUGAACAUAAUCGCUUUGGCAAAUCAGAUUGUUGGGAAUAAUCUAAUUAACACCGGGAGUUCGAACAACGCGAUCAGUUUCGAACAAUUGUUCAAAUGGAAAUCCUUUGCGUAUGGCUUUCAGGAAGCCAGUGCCAUGAACAAGCCGAUAUUUCUACUGAUUUAUAAAGCACAAUGUCCCUCUUGCCAAAAAUUGAAACAGAAGUUCUUCAAGUCUGUGCGACUGAUGGAUCUUAGCGAUCGGUUUGUGAUGAUAAAAGCGGAGAUGGGACACGACGUAGACAUAGAGAAAGAAAAAUUCCAACCAGAUGGAAAGUAUGUUCCUAGAAUACUGUUCUUCAGAUCUAACGGCGACUUCAUCGAGGAAGCUUGUAACAUGCAUGUAGACGCGGACAAGGAGCAUAAAUACUUUUACAAGAGUCCGUCGCAGAUUAUAAAUACUAUGCUGUUUGUUCUGAAGAAUUAUUCUACGGAACCGCUGUCGGUAAUAUUUCAGUACGAGCAAUCGUCACAUCCGGAGUAUUGUGAUAUGGAAGAUGAUAUUCUUGUACCGACUUUGUUACAUUGACACCAGAUUGAAAAAUGCACGAUAACUAGAGAGCAGAACAACUUUUCUUUUUCGUUUAUACCACU